AUGUCGAGCAGUUAUUGGAAUGGUGUACUUAGACCGGGUGAUGAAGGAGGAAUUCCUAAUGUGUCAUCCGACCCACAUGGAGAAGGGACACGUUGUCAGAUCAGAUCCAGAUCUCCAUCGCUAGAACCGACUGAGGUGUCAUUACCAGGACAACCACCUACUUCCAAAUCGCAGGCACAGGAGUCUCCCUCAUCAGAGGAGGAGGACCAACUUGACGGUGAUAGUGAUGAGGACGUGGAGAAGAGUGCUGGUAGUGUAAAGUUACCUGUACCUUCUUGGCAUUUCUCUUCAUCUGCUCAAGCAAAUUCUGGAUUCUCCAUUGAAAAUGAUAAAUUUAACAAAGCUUCAAUCAGGAUGUUACCCGAUGGGCCUAAGGUGAAUAUUGUAUCUGAAACGGACAAGGAUCAUGGUGAGGAAGAGAGAAUCUUUUAUAAGUGUAAAUGCAUGUUAUUGUUGAUUGAGAGAACAUAUGACGUACAUAUUGUUCAUUCUAUGGAGAGACUAACAUGUUAUGAAGCACCAUCAUACGGUUCAGCUCGACAUCUAUGA